GAACGCACCACGUAAAACAAAACAGAUGCCACCACAAAUCAGCGACAGAAGACGUCAACCAAGUUUAGCAACUAGCCCUUCAAGGCGGAGAGAGAAGUCUACGCGUCUUAGCCAGGGGACAGAGAAGACGGGCACAAGCGACGCCUUAUCUAGACGGCCCUAGUUAGUUAACUCCGAGAUUAAGUUAACCCAGUCUUUCCGUCGAUCAUAAAGAAAAAGCAGAGAAGAACAGCGUUUCUUUGUCGCAGAAGGAUCUACAGGAUCUGUGUUGUCUCUGGCUGGCCUCAGCAAACUGUGUAAGACUGUGGCAGCCACUGCCUUGAUGAUAUGUUGAUCGAGAAAGCUGGUGCUACCUUUGGAGGAGGGACAUGACGAGGAUCCUGAUUUUGGCGUGAUACCGUGAAAGACUCCUGAGGUUGCCUAUAAAUAGAUGUGCCCACAGCCUUACUGUACUGAGCGAACUCGUGGAUGCGUGUGUGUCUUUGAGAUCACUGUCACAUUGCACUCCUGUGACAGUGGAAAGCUGUCACACACCGGUCCAUGUGAGCACCAUCUGCAGGCACACACACGUGAAGGUGCAGAUCACAGUGCUGUCAAUUUUUCAAGGAGGAGGAAGCCUCUGAAGUCACCGGAACUGGAACUUGGUGGUCAGCUCACCAGGUGGUAGACAUCGCUAUGGCCCAGGAAACCAAUCAGAGCCCAGCUCCUAUGCUCUGUGCCAUGGGCUGUGGUUUCUAUGGCAACCCUAGGACGAAUGGAAUGUGCUCUGUGUGCCACAAGGAGCACCUAUCAAGACAGAACAAUGGAGGAGUCAGUUCCUUGAGUGGCGUGGGCAGCAGCAGUAGCCCAACAGCUGAGGCGUCUGCCAUCCAGAGGUUAGAGGCCACCUUGAAUAAUGCUGCGGCCGCCGCAGCCUCAGCCGUCACCUCUGCUGAUGCUGCUGCUUCAGAGGCUUUCAGUGGGAUUUCAACUGCCAUUUCUGUAACACAACAGAUGACUGAGAUGAGUCUCUCCUCUGAGGAGAAAGGAGCAUUAGGGAGCACAGUAGAGCUCACAGAGCCAGUGGUGUGUCAGCCAACUGUCUCAGCCUGUCAUCCGUCCACUGCUGGCAGUGAGGAGGCCGAUGCCCCAGAGCCCCCCAAACCCAAGAAGAACCGCUGUUUUAUGUGUCGCAAGAAGGUUGGACUGACCGGUUUUGACUGUCGCUGCGGAAACCUGUUCUGCGGAAUUCAUCGUUACUCCGAUAAGCACAACUGCCCGUACGACUACAAAGCCGAAGCCGCUGCCAAGAUUCGCAAGGAGAACCCUGUGGUAGUCGCUGACAAGAUCCAGAGAAUAUGAAGAGGAUUAUUCUGUUUUGAAUACUGGGAGUGAUCGGAUUUAAAAAUAGACUUGAGCCCAACCUUCUUCCUGAAGGACCUGUUUCCUUUUUCUUCUUUGUUACACAUUCAGGACUUUUUUCCUCCCCAGAGCAUGAAAGGUCAUAUAUUUUCAGCUUCCACUCUUGUUUGCGCGUGAGUUCGACACUUUUGCAGGGUCGCGUUGGACAAAGGAAUAUGAUUUAAGAGGAUGAAGGUGCGGUGGGUCUAUAUAUCAUGGGAGGCGACUGACGGAGAAUUUUGAGAAAAUGCUUUUGGCAGCCCCUCGAGCUGCUUGUGUGAUCCUCCUGAAGCGGCCUGGGCUCUGCUCGGAAAGGCCUCGGACGUUUGCGGGCCCCGUUUGGACGCUCGGACCCCUCCCGCUGUUGGCCGUCUUAGCCACGCUUGCUCUCUGCUGGCUUGAGUAGCAAAAUGGAUACGUUGCUGUUACUUCCUCCUUUUUUUUUUUGUCCUCCAUUCUUUGGGGUAAGAGUUGAGCCCUCCUGAACUCAGACCUGGUGUCCUGUUAAGCUUUGAAUCGGUCUGAAAUGUUUUCCUGCGCGCCGCAGCAGUCUCGCCCACACAGCUUCAGAGAUGUUGCGAAACGUUGAGGAGGAGACUCUGUUGCUGGACAUUUCUCGCUGGCUCAUGUUUUCUCCCUAUUUGCGGUGCGUUCAGCACCAAAAACGCAAGGUAGUUUGACGGUUUUCUCCCCCUCCGAUACUGGGCCGACUCUGUGAGCCCCUCUGCACCCGGGUGAGCAGCAGUCACACGGACCUGUCGUUUUUUUGCUCUUUAAAACCGUCCAGUAAAGACACAUGAAGUCAUCUGCUUGUUAAUCAUAUUCUGUUAACAUCUGUUUACUUUUAUCUUAUGUUCCAGAAAAGUGGUGUGUAUGCAGUGUGUUGUUGUAUGACAAGUAGCCUUUGGAAGGGUUUAGCUCCACCAGUAUCUUCAUAUUUUACUUCACUAUUGAAUGUUUCCUUCUAAUUUUAAUGUGACUCGAUGAAUCCACAGCGUUGGGAGUGUGACCUGUUGCAUACUGUGUAUCAAACGCAAGUGUUUGUGGGAGCCGGCGUGGACGGUCGGCGGGUGAGUUUCGUAUGCGUGUGCUGCGGUGACUUGGUGACACCUGUGGUUGUAGGUUAUUAAUAAUUUUCAUUUUCUGUUGAUUUUUUUUUUUUUUUCGUUUGGGUUGGCUGCUUAACCUGUGUGUUGUUGUUGUUUUUUUUUUUUAUCCUUUAGUUAUGCAAGUUUGUACAAACCUCUCUUUAUUUAUAUACUGCCGUGUGUCUAAUCUUCCAAUAACACAACAGAAUAAAUGAUGUAAAUAAAUUAUGUUCACAAAUAUCUAA